UCAACAGGUGCCGAUAUUUAUCGUGCUACAUGUUAUAUACCCGUUAAAGGAGAAGAAGAAUUAAAUGCAUUUCGUCGAUUGAUUGCAACGCCAGAAUGCCGUCCGGCAUGGGAUCGAAUUGUAGAGGAGAGUGAGAUUGUAGAAGAAGUGGAUGCGGAUACGAGGAUCAGUAGAACAGUUUUCAAACUCGGUUGGCCUGCAAGUCCAAGAGAUGCAAUCACCGUUUCACGUACUUUGAUGGAUUCAAAAAGUUUGAUUGACGUCUCAUGCUCUUUGCCACGUUCGCCAGACGCUCCCGUUUAUCUUCGUCCUGCUCCGCCUUAUGUACGUUCGCAUGUCAACUUGUUUGCUUGGUGUCUAGAACGUUCUGCAUAUAGUGGCAAGCCACACGUUAAGCUGACAUGCUUUUGGUCUUGGGAUCUUCGUGGAGCAUGGAUAGGAAUGCCAGCGGGUGGAAUUGGAGCUCGAUUGCCAAGUGUGAUCACCUCGCUGGUACAGCAUGUGAAAGAUGGUGAUGCAUUGCAUGUUCCGUUUUUAUCACAUUAUGGAAGAAAUGUUGAAUUGACAAAUAGAACCUUCAAUUCGUCGCGUGAUAUGGUAACGGUGGAAUAUCAAGUGGUAUGCGAUGACACACAAGACCAGAACAAAGACGAGGCUAGGGAUUUACAGCUUGAAUGGUCCUUGCCUGCAGCUGAAGGGUGGGACGUUCAUGUUGAUGUGAAGCCGUUGGAUAAUCACAAACAUUCGAGUGUUGAGUGGAAGAGUGCAGCAACAAGGGCAAUCCAAUCUGGACGGCAAUCAGCUCGGAUGACGUUCAAUGUGCAGCACCUACAAAGCGAAGGCCCUACAGGAAGGUCAUUGCUUGCUGAAGGUAUUCGUGGUAGGAUCACGGUGCAACGCAUUGCUGCUAGUCAAGAUGUUAAAUUGCGCAUCAAUGAUAAACCUUUUGCAGUGGAAGAGGUGCGACUUACAGAAGAAGAGAUUUUAUCACCAAAAAUUGAUCUUGACCUUUCCACAGGUUCAAGCUCGCUUGCUGAUGAUUCUGCAUCAAUCUCGAAUAUGAGUAUGCGUAGCGAAGUAUCUUCUGCUUCAGCAACAACGAUGGGCGAUGAUGUAAUCAAAAGAGCGGCAACUCCGUCAAGUAUUGGUAGACCUGCACCUGAUCGAAAUACAGCGAUCGCAAGUAUAAUCAGACGAAACUACAUCUAUUUCACUUCUUUGUUACAAGAACCUGAAGCGAAAUGGAAACAUUUCAGUGAUACACGCGGAGUCACAAUUACACAACUGGACAGUAUCGAUCCCACUUUGGUUGUCUAUCGAGCCGAGGCAACGUUUGUAGGUGUUGGCGUUUGGGAUUUGUUUGCCGCAAUUGCCAAUGCAGGUGUAAAGAAUUCAUGGGAUAAAGGAGCAGAAGAAUCCAGGCUGGUUGAAGAUCUAGGCGAUUCUAGCAAACUAUGGUGGAACAAGCUCAGAGGAACAUGGCCCGUUGCUUCUCGUGAUUCAGUGGUAAUUGAGACGGUGUACAAAUCGCCUUCAUCCAUACACAUCUUUUCAUUCUCAAGCGAUGACAAGAAGUUGUUCCCUGCCAUACCAUCACCUGAUACAGGGGCUAUCCGAACACAAAUUGAUUUAAGAGGAUGGAGUAUUGAAAGUUUGAGUCCAACAACCGCACAUAUCACCCUAAUUGAACAAAGUGAUCCAAAAGGUUGGACGAGCAAAAGUUCUGCCACACCCGCGGCAAUGACUGCAGCUGUUGCAGGCGUAGGCGAUUUCGCCAUCAAGCAAGGAGGACCUCCAAUCACAACAAGAUUGCUAGGAGGCAAGAUUCGACAGAUGAAAUAUGAAGCAGACAAGUCAUCUUAUCGAAUAGAGUAUGAUUUAGCAGAGAAUCAUUCAGAAGAUCUUUCGGGUAAUGUGGAAUGCGAAAUUCGAUGCGAUGUUGAAACUUGGUCGCCUAGCUUGGAUGUGGUUGUUGAUCCUCCGCCGAUCAAUGUGAGCUGUUUGCGUCGUCAUAAGCUUAGUCAAGGUGGCAGUGGAUUGUGGCUUACGAUCGAACAACCGAUUGCAAGCUUAGAAGAUGAUCCUUCUCGAAUCACAGUAAGGAAAGCAAACAAUAAAGAGAAAGGAGUAGUUUAUGUAAACGGUGCACGAAUGAAAGUGGAUAUGGAUGAUUUAAAGGAUGCAGAAGUGACACAAUUACGUGAACAAAAACGAACAAAGCCAAAGAGAGUACCGCUUGAUUUGGUAAACGAAAGUCCUAGGAGAUUGAUGAUCGGCAGUGCUUCUCCUGUUGGAUCGAUCUCAAGGGCAGGUACGCCAGCCAGUGCGAAUGGCGUUAGCACUGCUUCGAGCAACCUGGCCGCGAUCACGAGUGGUGGAGCGAAUGGCAAUGCUACUUCAAUUUCUGCUCCAGCCGAACAAACAACGAUGGAUGUUUUCUCGGAUGAGAAACCAAGACAACCAAUGACAUGCGCUUUGGAUGUUUUGUUUCUGUUGAGACGCAUUCAUGCUGAAAGAAGUCCUGAUCCUGCUGGCAAUCCUGCAGGAUGGUCUUUGGUCGCUAAUCGCAAUGGACUGUAUACGAGACGCAAGAUGAUGCAGUCCAUCUCGCCAACUGUGAUUGUGCAGAGGGGUGAUAAAGUAGUCGAAGGCUUAACAGCAGAGGAUAUCUUAAGCGUGAUCUCCAACGUACAAUGUCGAAAAGUUUGGGAUGAAAGAGUUGAAACAACUACUAAUUUGGAAUCGUAUGGAAAUGGUGCUUCUACUGCUUUCUUUACCACAAAGGGUAGCUUCCCAUUCCGCGGAAGAGCUUUCAGUUUGGCAAGCUUGGUCGCUCGAUCGGGACCUCGUGCAUCGCAAUUUGGCAAUCCAAGCGCUCCAACGGUUUACUUCCAUGCUUCAUCAUCAUAUUCUAUGUCGCAAUCGACUUUUUCAGCAAUGAAGCUAAAUCCUACAGUGUUACCGAUGGGAAAAGUCUUGAUCGAUGGGUGGAUCUUAGAGACUUUGGAUCCGUACAGUUCUACGUUGAAUUAUCAGAUUCCAUCAACAAGAGUAACGCACCUUGUCGCAGUCGAUUAUGCGGGAAGUUUGCCAGUCACUGUGAACGCAAUGUGGAAUACGCAACUAUCACGUAGUAUUGCUUAUGUUGAGGAUUAUCUCAAACAACAAGGAACUUUGCCAUCCUUACGUGCUCCUCCUUCUUGUAUGGAAGUGUUGGGUGAUGGUAGAGAUGAGGAUCACGACCUGAUUUGGAACUUGUCAGAUGAUAAAACAAAGAGAGCCUGUACGCUUAUCUACAACGAUUUCAGCAAUGCAACAAAAGUGUACAAUGUGCUUGUAUCUUUGGAUGCUGCUUCACAUCUCGUAGAGGAAACUUCUACACCUCUUGCAGUACCUUUCCCACGACGAGCAGCACUAUCAAAUGCGUCAACAACUCGAGGAAUGGCAAAUGCUGCUUCAAUGUUCUCUUCUCCUUCAUCGGAUGCAAAUCUUUCUAGUCCAUCAAAUGCGAUGGUUGAAGGCGGAACAAGCGUUGAUUCUGCGCCUCUAUCACGCACGACCAGUGUCAGCAGCUUACGCAGUGCAACUUCUCGACCAAGACCCUCAGUCAUUCGGAAAGAGACAAAGAAGCCAUCUGAUUUGGUGGUAUUAGAUGUUGAGGUGGAGUUACGCCAUUAUGAAAGAGGAUAUGAUAUCGUUCUCAAGUCAAUGUUGGGGGACGAGAAGGCAAAAGAGACUGAAGAUGAUGACGAAUCUUUACCGGCUGAGACACCUAGAGCGAGUGGACCGUCCGAACAGAAAGAAUUCCCUUCCCUAACCAGCAAGGAGGACAAAGAGAAGCAUUCUGGAAACACGGUUUGGCCAUUGGAGAUACCCUCUGGUGAUGCAGAUGAAGUGUUGCCGUUAUCUGUUUCAACAUUUGACCUUCCUCCUUCGGCCGUUCUUGCAGCAACUUUGGAUCCAUCAGCCAGACCGAAGAAGCAUCUUGUUCGAGUCACUUUACCGACUGCAGCUUUCAUGGGCACGGCUAGAAGCAAUCCAUUCCAUGGACCUGAAUUGGAAGAAUCGCCAGCGUGGUAUGAUAAAGUGCGAGAGCGAGGAGCGUUGAUCAGUCUUGAAUUAAAACCACGUGGUGGAGGGUUUCCAAGGUUUGGAAGUCCGGUAAGCAAUGGAAGUGGUUCGUUUGAUAAUCCAAGAAGAACUUCUGGUUCAUCAACUCCAAGUGAUAGCGGAAUGAGUGAUCAAGGUGAAACGGAUUCACAACAAGUUCCAGUGUAUUAUAAAGGAGUACGAAUUUCGGUCACGCACGUGAACAAAACAUCUGCAAUGCUUCAACGUGAAAGUGAUGAUGAGCAGGAAUAUGCGAUCUUGAAACGCAUCGCACCACCUGCACCUCCAAGAGCAGAAGGUCAACCGACACCAGCUGGAAUGAGUAUGCAUAAACGAAAAGAGACAGCUGAAACAAAGUUGGAAGAACGUUUACCUGUUCAGUUACAAUCACCGCUUGCGAAAUCGAACAAAUUUAUUCGUGAUGCAUCAGAGAACGCAGCUGAAAAAGCAAACGGGGAAGAACAAGCAAAGAAAGAUGGUAAUGUCAUUUCACCUUCAUCUUCUGUUGGUGAUACCACGAUCGGCUUGACACCCAUGGCAAACAGGGCAAAUCAACUCACACCUAGUAAUUCAAAUCUAGCCAAUGCCAGCAGCUCUACACCAACGCCGACUACACGAACUGCUAAUCCUUCAACGCCUGCAUCUGCUGCAAGUGCGCAAAUAAUGAGCAUUCUGAACUCGUAUCCUUUAUCAAGAUUAGGAGGUGGUGCAUCAACUGCUGUCUCGACUACAGUUGCAAAUGGAGGACUAUUCUCUAAAAGAACAGAUGCUGAUGGGGAUGGUGUGAAUGGUAGCACAUCCGGAACAGAUGGAGAAAAAGGAAAAGCCAAUGGAGAUCAAAAGGGUAAUGCAGGAGGAGCGGAUGAUGAAAAUGCCACUACGAUGCCAGGUCAAUUAAUCAUUGCAACUGAACAAAUUCGAAAAAGGAUUAUUGAUAUUCGAUUUACAUGGUCAACGAUGAUCUUGGUUGCAUUGAUUGCAUUCUUACUUGGAAGUUUAGUUCGUUCAUUAUUAGAACCAGCGGAUUUCAUAUUGGUAAACAAAUUAAAAGGAACUACCGGUCUACGUGGUGAAGGAGGUCAAGCAAUCGAAGCAGCAGCCGUACGAGAGAUCAAAAAGUUAUUCGAUCAAGGUCAAGGUCCACAUAUCGGAGAACCAAACAAUCCACAUCAUUCUGUCGCUUGGCGUGAAUUGAAACGGUUAAUUGAAUUGAGAAACUUGUUUGGCGGUAGAUGGGAUUUAGUCAUUGCAGCCGUUCGUAGAUAG